AUGGAGAGAAUCAUGAAAGCACAAGCCCUUAGAGACCCGACAACUUCAAUGUAUAUGCAAUCUAAGAAAACAAUGGAAAUCAACCCAAAUCAUUCAAUAAUAGUCAAGCUAAAAGAAAAAAGCGAUCAAGAUAAGUCAGAUAAGACUGUAAAAGACCUGAUUUGGCUGCUCUUUGAAACUUCUCUGCUGACUUCUGGGUUUAGCUUAGACGAGCCUAAUGUUUUUGCCAAUAGAAUACAUAGAAUGAUAAAACUUGGGCUGAGCAUUGAAGAUGUAGACAUGGAGCCAGUAGAAGAGCUGCCACCUUUGGAAGAAACGACUAAUUCAAAUAUGGAUGAAGUUGAUUAA